AUGUCCUGCGCACCUUCAACCUCGAUCCCCCACCCACCCACCACCCUCUCCUCCUGUGCUGUCCCCAUCGGCGGCCAAAACAGCUCUAUCCUCCACGCCUGCUGCAACGGCCACAUCAACGCCCUCGCCACAUACUCCGCACCCGACACCACAUCUACGUCCUCCUCGUCAUCAACACCCCCCGUCAUUGUAAACUCGGAAGACAACGACGGAUGUUUCUUGUACUGCAUCACUGAUUCCCCGAGCUUGGUGCAGACGUGUUUAAAGCAGAAGAUGGAUGAGGCCGAGAUUGCGAGAGAGGGAGAAAGUUUUGCUUGUUUUGAGGCGGAGAAGGUGGUUAGGAGAGAGAAGGGGAGGGUUGUGAAGAGGGAGAGUGGGUAUGCGAAUGCGGGUGUGAAGGUUAGUGCGGGCUGGGGGCUGAGAAUAUUGCUGAGUGUGGGUGUUAUUGCGGCUAUCGUGGGUGGAUUGUGA